CCAACACGAAUUGGACGUCGCAGAGUUCUGGGCCUGCUAGAACAAUCUAGAACAAAAGUCUGGAAGAAAGGGCAGCACACUCAUUCUCCAGUCACUACGUGCAACCAACUGAACAGGACGUUUUUUCCCACACGAUGGUCGGACCGCGUACAUCAGGGUUUUGGAGGUGGAUGGUCCUGGUGGUGAUAGCGACAACUGCUUCCGUGACUGGGCAAGGGGAUCAAAAUGGCUUGUUCGUGGUUGCACAGUCGUCUGCAGAAGAGGAUCCAGGCUUCAACGUCACCAGCUCAUACAUCCUCGUGAACAACCAGAAGACCGUGAUUGGUCAGAAUUCUUCUCCAUUUGGACGUGGACAUCAGGUCUUCAUUUUGAACGAACAGAACGGGCAGGUUUUAGACAAGAUGGUUUUCGACACUGAUCCGGAUGGAGGAGGUGCUGAAGCCGCACAACGACUGCUGGACUAUCUGAAAAUCGUUCAAGAGGGACGGAUAAUAAUUGUCGUUGUUCAUGACAACGGUAACACCCUGGUCAAUCUAUCGCCGUACGGAUCUACAAUUACAACAACUGCACUAGGGUUCAGAGUGUCCUAUGCCAUGAUCACUCAGAAGGGACCCAAACCAUCCUGGUUCGUGGAGAAAAGGAGCGCUGCAGGUACAGGACCAACUCGUAUAGAUGCCUCCAUACCACCAGCCAUUUUGAAUACGGUUGCACAGUCGUCUGCAGAAGAGGAUCCAGGCUUCAACGUCACCAGCUCAUACAUCCUCGUGAACAACCAGAAGACCGUGAUUGGUCAGAAUUCUUCUCCAUUUGGACGUGGACAUCAGGUCUUCAUUUUGAACGAACAGAACGGGCAGGUUUUAGACAAGAUGGUUUUCGACACUGAUCCGGAUGGAGGAGGUGCUGAAGCCGCACAACGACUGCUGGACUAUCUGAAAAUCGUUCAAGAGGGACGGAUAAUAAUUGUCGUUGUUCAUGACAACGGUAACACCCUGGUCAAUCUAUCGCCGUACGGAUCUACAAUUACAACAACUGCACUAGGGUUCAGACAGUCCUAUGCCAUGAUCACUCAGAAGGGACCCAAACCAUCCUGGUUCGUGGAGAAAAGGAGCGCUGCACGUACGGGACCAACUCGUAUAGAUGCCUCCAUACCAACAGUGCCAACUACUAGUGCGGCGGCGGUCGGAACGUCUGUUGGAGUUGCCAGGAUCAUGGCCCUUAUGUUCGUGACCGCUGUUCUGGUGUGGUACUGAUGACACCGUGGUUGUAAGACGUUCUCAUUCUACCAGAACUAGAGUUGAAAAUACUGACAAUGUAGGGUUAUUGCUCAAAAACUUGACAGGCUUAGUAAGAGUACACUUUUCUUCAGAACACCAAAUACUAAAGGCUUUCCAUCAAAACUUAAAGGCAGUGUAGGGAACAAUACUAUAGCCCUAUAGGGAAAUUUAUUAUCAUCGUCCGAUAGUUUGGUUCCUCAUGUUAACACAGAGACAGAGCACAGAACUUUAGUCAAAGCUGUCCAUUUAAACGUAUAGACAGUGCAGCUAGCUAACUUAAUCAUUAUACACCUGGUCCACUAGUUUAGGCAUCCCAUCUAAAUUUUGACACAGUGUAGGGAACUUUUAUUCACCGAUAAUAUAAGGGUCUAGAUCUAAACUCAGCGUAGUGAACUUAAUCUUUAUACACCAAUACUUAAAGCUCUCCAACUAAACUCAGUCUGUUCAGGGAACUUUAUAAUCAUGCACUAAUUGUUUCGGCUUUCCAUCUAAUCUUAGACACUAUGUCAUCAUUUGCCAAAAAUGUACUAGGUUCUCCAUCUAAUCAUAGACACAGUGUAUUGAAUCUUACUAUCAUAUACUUUUAGUAUAGGCUCUCCAUCUAAUCUUAGACACAGUGUAGGGAAUCUUAUCAUCAUAUACUAAACGUAGAGGCUCUCCAUGUAAUCGUAGGAACAAGGUAAGGAAAUUUAUCAUCAUAUACUUAUAGUAUAGGCUCUCCAUGUAAUCUUAGACACAGUGUAGGGAAUCGUAUUAUCAUAUACUGAUAUUAUAGGCUCUCCAUCUAAUCUUAGGAACAAUGUAGGGAAUCUUAUCAGAAUGCAUAUACUAGUAGUAUAGAUUAAAAUCAAUCUAAUCUUAGACAGAGUGUAGUGAACCUUAUCAUCAUAUUCUAAUAGUAUAGGCUCUGUAACUAAACUCAGAUAGUUCAGGGAACUUUAUUGGCAUGCACUAAUUGUUUACAAUCUUCGUCUAAACUUAGAGACAGUGUAGUAAAAUUUAUCAUCACCAAUAUUCUUUAUUAUCAUACCAACAAUAGUAUGGGGUCUUCAUUCUUUUUGCGUUUAGUGAGCUUUACCAUUUUAACAAUAAUAGUAUAGGCUCUCUGGUGACAUUAUCUGGUGAGAAUAAAAAGCUUUCAAUUAACGGCUACUGUUUAAAUGUUUAUCAGCUUUGAUUAGGUAACAAGCUUAAGCAUAGACAGAUUGACAGGGCCUACUGAGUUGUAAUGGUAGUUGAUUUCUAUUGAAUAAAUACUCCUAAUGGCUCAAAGCGUUGUUCUUAGCUCAUGCAAAAACUAUCCUGCUAUUGUCUAAUAUUUUCGAAUCUGCCCAUGUUUAAACAAAGUGUUUUCAAAGCUUUAAGGCAGUCUCAAUAGAAGAAGCGAAUGUUCUAGUUCUGUAGAUACUAUUUUUUUCUGAAUCCUAAAGUAAUGUUAUUGGCAACUUGAAAUAGACUUUCAUCAACAUUCUCGUAACCCCACAGGUACCCUCCAGAUCAAUUACAGCCAGGUGAAACAUGUUAUUUCGCAAACAACCAUUGGGGAAACUUCAAAG